GCGCUUCCGCCCGCCAGGGGGCGCUCAAGCCGGGGGAGGCGGAGCCCUGCCGGCAAGAUGGCGCCGUCCACGUUGCUACGCCGCUUUUCCCGGCUGCUGGCCCCGGCCUGGCUCCCGAGCGGCCUUUCAGCUCGGUCAAAGUUCUACGUUCGAGAGCCGCCGAACAGCAAGCCGAACUGGCUGAAAGUGGGCCUGACCUUGGGCACCACAGCCUUCCUGUGGGCCUAUCUCAUCAAACAACAUAAUGAAGAUGUUUUAGAGUAUAAAAGAAGAAAUGGGUUGGAAUAAACUACUGAAAUACCAACAUAGUAUGCUCCGUAUAGUGAUUACAGCAAUACCUCUGGAUUCACCAAUCUUUUGAUUGUAAAUGAGAGAGAAAAAGUUUUUGUGAAUGUAUAUUGUCAGCAUUUGUGUGUUGCAUCAUUAAGUGAUAAAAUAAAAAUACAUCUGUAUUCUUCAGAAAAUGCAUAUUGUGAUAACUAGCAGAAAAUGUUCAUUCUAAGGUAUAGUAUUGAAAGUAUUUCCAUAUGAAAGGUACAUUGUGUUAAAUGUGCAAGUUGAAAAAUUUAAUCAAUAAACAAUUUCAGUGUAAAUUCA